AUGGCCCUGUUUAGGCCCUUCUACGGCCCCGUCGCCACCUGCGGCCCCGCCGCCACCUGCGGCCCCGCCGUCACCCGCGGCCCCCUGUUUCUUCAAUGCGAUAGGGCGGACAGCCCCUUCCUCUUUGACCUCACUUCUGGUGCCUCUCCUGCCCCUGCUGCUGAUCCUGACGCCACUGUUUGCUCACAGUGGGCCACGCCCGACGCUGCUGCUCGCCUUGCUGUGCGCCGCCACUUACCGACCACUGAGCGUGCACACUUUAGCCAGUACAAGAGUGCUCAGACCUUGGGUGUUCUCCCUCCCCCCUCUUGCCCUCUCUUGCCUCCGCUGCUGUGGCCGACCUCGUUGGUUUUGAGUCGGUCGGCGCUGCGUCUGCCCCGAGCGGGAAACGCCGCACCGGCAAGGGAAAGGGGGGCAAGGGCGCUCAAGGGGCUGGAGGGGGCGGUGGAGGUGGUGGUGGAGGCAAUGGAGGGAGUGGGGGUGGUGGUGGGAGUGGUGCUGGGGGUGGCGGCGGCGCCGGCAGCAGUGGAGGAGGCGGAGGCGGUGGAGGUGGCAGAGGGAGCGGAGGCGGCGGAGGUGGCGGAGGAGGCGGAGGUGGAGGAGGCGGCGAAGGCGGCGGCGGUGGCGGCGGUGGUGGAGCGGGUCGCGACUUUGCGCAGAGGAGUGGCUCUGGUGGAGGUCCGCGCCAGUAGCAGCGGAGUGGUGUGA